GGCGUCGUACAGCUAAUGCGCAGGCGUGUCUUCUUGAGUGGGGAUUGGGGGCCACGGCGCGGGACGGGGAGGGACAGGGCGGGACUCCCGACACGGCGCAGGCUCUGUGGACGCAGAGGGCGGAGCUGCCGAUACCGGUUGGUCCAAGAGUUGGGGCCUGAGGCGUCUUCCCGCUCCCUCCCACUCCUGGCUCCUUCAACGGCAGACCAUUCAUCAAGGAUUUUGUACCCAAGGCCCAAAAACUUGUUACCCAAGAUGAUGAAUGCCGAUAUGGAUGCAGUGGAUGCUGAAAAUCAGGUGGAACUGGAGGAGAAAACACGACUUAUUAAUCAAGUGUUGGAACUUCAACACACACUUGAAGACCUCUCUGCAAGAGUAGAUGCAGUUAAGGAAGAAAAUCUGAAGCUAAAAUCAGAAAACCAAGUUCUUGGACAAUAUAUAGAAAACCUCAUGUCAGCUUCUAGUGUUUUUCAAACAACUGACACAAAAAGCAAAAGAAAGUAAGGGAUUUACAUCCCUUCUGUUUUAUUGAAUUGCUGCUGAUCUUUUUUUCUUUAAAACCUGGAUAGAUUUUAAAAGUUAUAGUACUUUUGUUUGUGGCUUAAUUGAAUAUUUAUGAAGAUAAUGUCAGAUCUAGGCAAAAUUAAGAGCAUAACAGAAGACUUCAUGAGUUUGCGUAUAAUAGUCUAUGAAAACGUGCAAAUGUAUUGUAGAGACUUUAUAAUUAGAAAUGCAUAUAUUUAUGAAACUUGAAUGUUUUAUCAAAUUUGAUUUAUAGGUUUAGCACUGUCUUUUAUCUAUAAUAAUAGAUAAAGACAUAGGCAUAGUAAGAAAUACAAGAAAAUAACCACCAUGUUGUGAAAAGUGACCAAAAUCAUGUACUGAACGCACAGCUUUAUGUACCCUGUCCACCAUGUUGUGCCUCUUCUCCAUUCGCUUCUUCCUUCCCAUUUCCUUUCCCUUAAGGAGAAAAUUGGUUUUACAUUUGUAAAAGUAAUUUUAAUAGUUAAUCAUCUGUGAGAGUAACCUGAGCUUGAAUUGUUGAAACUUAAACUAAAAUGCGAUACUUUCUCAGUUAGGGCUUGUCAUAGUAAUAAGAUAGGAUUGUUGGUUUCUCUUUAAUCAGUUGAAAACAGAGGCUGUAAGUAUGAAGACUUUUCUUUGCAACUGAAUUGUCAAAUUGGGAAGGUUUGGUUGUUAAAACCUACCUUUUGCACAAAACAACCCACUUAAUAUCUGAAAAGAUGAGCUCUGGUUAUAUGUUUGGAAUAGAAAAUUUUGAGAAAAAUAUGAAUAGGAUUGAAAAGAUAAUUAGCAAACUGUAGUAAACAACUCCAAAAUGUUUUUACUCCAGAUUUGUGUGAUCCCUGACACAGACUAGAUCUGAGAGAGUAGAUUAAAUGUGACUAACCUUAUGUCAACCACAUCUGAAAGAGAAUAGUUUCUAAGAGUUUAGUCUUAAUGUUUCUUUGUAGCACCCAGCAGAUCAACUUUUGCAGAAUCCCUUCAGAGUGUAUUAGAAUCCGAAUCAUGAAUAAAAUGAGGGAGUUUUACAUGUAUACUAGAUGAUAUUUUCUCAGUAUUUUAAUCUCACUACUUCUCCCAGAAUUUUCUGUAAACCCAACUACUUGGUUUGCAGAAUUUUAGUCACUCUGACAGUUUCUAAAAAUUUAGUUUGUAGAUUCCAUCUGGUAAGAAAAUUAGUAUCGGAAGUAAUGUUAAAAUGUUAAAUAGGAAGAGAUCCUCUAAUACUGUUUUGGUUGUUAGAUUUGGGCUACUUUUAAUCCUGGAAUAAUCUUAUGUUUGUAUUGGUGUAUGAGUCAAUGAAUGACUUUAGCUGUAUAAAUAUAAUAGUUACACUGCAAAUAUUUUGCAUCCGUUUUGUGACCUAAUCUACAAACACUUAAAAUUGUGUUGCAAUUUUGCUUUGCUGUUUAAUAAAAAGCUGUUUCAGAGAU